UUGGGCUGUAGUUCAUGUUAUGGACUUAUUUACAUUAACCUGACUUAAUUCUUUUACUUUAGUUAUGACAACUUGCUUUCAUGAGUUCAAUUAACUUAACAAUCACGCAUUUUAUCUCAAACGAACUUUUUAAUUUGAGUCGAAGUGAAACAAUUAAGUUUAAUGCAGCUUUACGUCUGACGUCAUUACGUAAGCUCCGCCCGGGGCAAAUCCUGCAUCUCUGGUACCGACCGCCAUUUCUUCUGAGCAUUGACUGUCGACGAGAUUCAGAUAAAAUAGUAAGUAUGCUGCCCCACCAUAACCAAACAUUAAAUAAACGGUGUAAAAAUAUUUAAAACUUUUUCUAACUUAAAUUUGAAACAUUGAACUGUGUUUAACGUCGAAGUGUCAUCAGUUAUUUGCUCUUAACACAUUUGCUAAUUGUAAUUAGCCGCGCUGUUCGGCGGUUCAAAUCUCAACAUGUUUUAACAUAACUACUCUGAGUCAGACUGAAUGUUUAUUUUGUAUGUGUACUUUUACGCUAAAAAACCUAACUUGAAAUUACAGAGGUGGGGGUGUUCUGUGCAAAACUAAUUUAAUGUGAUGCAACUCCACUGUGCUAAUCACUGUUAGCUGCAGCCGGUGAAGCCAUUUUUUCCAGUUUUCUCAUGCUGCUUACUGGCGACAUAAUAUAAAACGCAUAAUAUCCUGACAGCGCUAAGAAUCCAUCAGGUGUCAUUUCUCUUAAAAAAGCAAAUUGUGUCUGUAGGAACAUUGCGCAGUGUUCUAGCUAGCCGUUGAUCCCCAGGCACUGGGCCGGGCUGAGACGCCCUCGGGCUGGGCUGAGGAUUUCACAGCUUCACUUUCGGAGCUCUGCAUUUAGUAGCCUGCCCCACAGACUCCGCCCCGGCUAGAUCGCUUCUUGCCCUGUAUUAUUUCUCUGCAAUUUGCAAUCUACCACAGCGCACGGACAGUUCACAAUGUGCAUGUUUGAUCUCCCUAUGGUCGUCCGCGCCCUUGAUUUCACCGGCUACAGAAAUCGAAAUGACAACCGGCAUGAACGCGAGGAAAAGAAAGAAGAAAAAUUAAGAUCAAAUGAAAAUUUCAGGCAUUAGCAUUUCUGGCUAGAACCCUGUUGUAUUAACUUCUUUUACCCACUUCUCUUUCCAGGCCUAGAACCAAGAAUCAUCAAACCACAUAAGUGUUGCACUUAAUGUGGAGAUGCAAAGACUGCAAGAGGGUGUUUUCCAGAAGAUCUGAAUUGCUCAAGCACUACAAACUAGACCACAGGCAUUAUGGACGGGGUUAUUCGUAUCCAUGCUCAUAUUUAAGUUGUGCAUGUAGAUUCAAGACCUGGAAUGCUUUACUGAGCCAUUUAUCAAGAAAUCAUCCAGUCAAACAAACAGUUACCAAAGACUUAACCAGAUUCAAAUGCCCCAUUUGUGAUUUUAAUCAACUUUCCACUGAGAGAGAUUUUUUUCAACAUAUAUUUCAACAUCUCAAGAACAAGGAAACUGUCACGUGUGUGUUUCAGGACUGUGUUUAUCAAACAAAUAUUUACGAGAACUACAAAAGUCAUAAAUACAGAAAACAUUCUGACAUUAGCAAUACAUUUAAGACUGGGAUUACUGAAAAAAAACAAUUAGACUGUGGUGAAGAAUUGUGUGUUAGUUCUGGUACUGAUAUUUUUGAUCAAGACAGUACUGCACAAGCUAAUCAAGAUCACACAUUUAAUGAGACUGAUUCUGAAAACUUACAGAGAGAUAUUGAACUUAAACUUGCAUCAGUUCUUCUAAAGUUAGAAAGCAGUUUUCUUGUGUCAAAUGCAGCUAUUGAUGAACUAUUGCAGGAGUUAAACUAUUUAAUUGGUUCUUUGUCCCUGCCAGUUACAUGCAGAACUGUAACCCAAAUACUACAUGAUCACCUUUGCCAGUUUGACCAGUCAGUUAUUGAAAAACUUGCCAGGGCCCUCUGUGAAACAAACCCUGUAAACAAAGCAAUAGGAGAUAAAGGCUCCCUUUCUAGUGCUUGGAGACGAAAACAAUUCUAUAAAAGACAUUUUAAAGUGGUAGAACCUGAAGAAUAUAUUCUUGAUAAAAAAAAUAAUAAGUCAUUCCAGUAUGUAUCAAUCCUAAAGUCUUUGCAGCAAGUUCUUGACUGUGAGGUUAUCUUGGAUCAGACUGAUAAUUUAAAUUGUGUGAAUAAACUACUACAAAGAAGUAGUGUUCAUACAUAUAGGUCUUUCUAUGACGGGUCAUUUUUUAGUGAAAAUGAGCUUUUGUGUAAGGAGGAGAGCAUUUCAUUAAUAUUGUAUAUUGAUGAUUUUGAAAUAUGCAACCCUCUCGGUACAUCUAAACGGAAGCAUAAAAUUUGUGGCUUAUACUGGAUUCUUGGUAAUUUGCCACAGGGGUGUAAUUCUAACUUGUCUUCCAUUUACCUGGCUGCUUUAAUCAAAACUAAUGAUUUGAAGUGCUAUGGUUACGAGAAGGUUUUAGAACCUUUACUUAAUGAGCUUGUGAUUUUGGAACAAGAAGGGGUCUUUGUGUCAAAGUUGGGUAGAGCUGUAAAAGGCACAGUUCAGUGCGUGGUUGCAGAUAAUCUUGCUGCCCACAGUCUUGGUGGCUUUGUAGAGAACUUCACAGGGUCAUACAUAUGUAGGUUUUGUUUGGCAGUUAAAACAGACAUUCAAACUACAGAGGUUAGAAGUGGUGCAUUUACCCUGAGAACGAAAAGCAUUCAUGCAGAUCACUUAAAAAUUCUUCAGGAACGUGAAUUUCCAAGUUAUCAGGGUGUCAAAUCAACUUCCAUUUUAUCACAUUUAUUGUAUUUUGACAUUACCACAGGUCUUCCUCCAGACAUUGUGCAUGACCUUUUUGAAGGAGUUGUUCCUUUUGAAUUAGCUUUGUGUCUGGGUGUUUUGAUUAAGAAAAAAUAUUUCACAUUGGUAUCACUGAAUGACGCAAUAGCAUCUUUCAAUUUUAAGGGGACUGAUAAAACUAAUCGACCUCAUCCAAUUGCUCUCAAUUUUGAAGCCAAAAAAAGUGUUGGGGGUAAUGCACAUGAGAAUUGGAGUUUGAUCAGAUUUUUACCUUUGUUGAUUGGACACAGAGUGCAACAUGAAGAGCCAGCUUGGCAGAUCUUAACAGACUUAAGGGACAUUGUUGAUCUUGUGGUCUGUCCUAUUCACACAGAGGACUCUAUUGCUUACCUUGACUUUAAGAUCUCAGAGCACAGAACACAAUUCCAGGAGGUUUUUCCUAAUUGUGACCUUAAACCAAAACACCAUUUCUUGGAACAUUACCCGCACUUGAUUCGCCAAUUUGGUCCUUUAGUAGCCUUAUGGUCCAUGCGCUUUGAAGCUAAGCAUAGCUUUUUUAAAAGAGUUGCACGAAAUAUCAAGUGCUUUAAAAAUGUCCUCUGUUCCCUUGCAGAGAGACACCAGUAUCAGAUGGCACAUCAUUUGCAUUUAUCUGGUUUUCCUAAACCUCUUUUGGAAGUUACAAAUGUUUCCACAGUAACAACUGAUGUUCUCGACAAGGGAAUAGUAAAUGCUCUAAAACAGAAGUUUUCAAAUCUGGCCACAGUGUGCAUGACUAAAAGUGCAACAUUUAAUGGACUGAAGUACAGAUGCGGGAUGAUCUUGAUCCAUGGCUCAUUAGGAGGAUUACCAGAGUUCAUUGAAAUAAUCCAAAUGGUGAUCCUGGCAAACCAGUUAUUCUUUCUGGUCAGAAAACUUGAGGGGUGGUAUGUUGAGCAUUACAGAUCUUAUGAGCUGAAAACAUCAGACAAAGAACUGAAACUGGUUGAGCUACAAGACCUAACAGAUGUAUACCCGCUGGAAGACUACAGAAUUAGAGGAAUACGUCUUGUUACUGUGAAAAGAUAUAUUCACGUUUAAGGAUUGUCAUGGCAAGUUCAAAACCUGCAAGACUGAAGGUGAUUCUAGGAGAGAGCAACACUGAAAAACUGACUCUUCCAGAUGGCAUACCAGACUCUCUGGAUGAGCUUCUCAGCAAGGUGAAGGAUACCUUUGGUUUAAAGACCAAUGUCAGAUUGCAAUAUAUGGACAAAGACUUUGGUAAUGAC